CGCAGGACUGCCUCCCUAAAUCCCGUGACACCUAAGAAAAGGUGGACAAGUCCUAUUUUCAAGAGAAGAUGACCUUUAACACUUUUGAAGGAUCUAAAACUUGUAUACCUGCAGACAUCAAUAAGGAUGAAGAAUUUGUAGAAGAGUUUAAUAGAUUAAAAACUUUUGCUAAUUUUCCAAGUAGUAGUCCUGUUUCAGCCUCAACACUGGCACGAGCAGGUUUUCUUUAUACUGGUGAAGGAGAUACCGUGCGGUGCUUUAGUUGUCAUGCAGCAGUAGAUAGAUGGCAAUAUGGAGACUCAGCAGUUGGAAGACACAGGAAAGUAUCCCCAAAUUGCAGAUUUAUCAACGGCUUUUAUUUUGAAAAUAGUGCCAUGCAACCUACAAAUCCUGGUGUCCAGAAUGGUCAGUACAAAGUUGAAAACUAUCUGGGAAACAGAAAUCAUUUUGCUUUAGACAGGCCAUCUGAAACUCAUGCAGACUAUCUUCUGAGAACUGGACAGGUUGUAGAUAUAUCAGACACCAUUUACCCAAGGAACCCUGCUAUGUGUAGUGAAGAAGCUAGAUUAAAGUCAUUUCAGAAUUGGCCAGACUAUGCCCACUUAACCCCAAGAGAGUUAGCUAGUGCUGGACUUUACUACACAGGUAUUGAUGAUCAAGUGCAGUGCUUUUGUUGUGGUGGAAAACUGAAAAAUUGGGAACCUUGUGAUCGUGCCUGGUCAGAACACAGGCGACACUUUCCUAAUUGCUUCUUUGUUUUGGGCCGGAACAUUAAUAUUCGAAGUGAAUCUGAUGUUGUGAGUUCUGAUAGGAAUUUCCCAAAUUCAACAAAUCUUCCAAGAAAUCCAUCCAUGGCAGAUUAUGAAGCACGGAUCAUUACUUUUGGGACGUGGAUAUACUCAGUUAACAAGGAGCAGCUUGCAAGAGCUGGAUUUUAUGCUUUAGGUGAAGGUGAUAAAGUAAAGUGCUUUCACUGUGGAGGAGGGCUAACUGAUUGGAAGCCCAGUGAAGACCCUUGGGAACAACAUGCUAAGUGGUAUCCAGGGUGUAAAUAUCUGUUAGAAGAGAAAGGACAAGAAUAUAUAAACAAUAUUCAUUUAACCCAUUCACUUGAGGAAUCUCUGGUAACAACUGCUGAAAAAACACCGUCACUAACUAAAAGAAUUGAUGAUACCAUCUUUCAAAAUCCUAUGGUACAAGAAGCUAUACGAAUGGGAUUCAGUUUCAAGGACAUUAAGAAAAUAAUAGAAGAAAAAAUUCAGACAUCUGGGAGCAACUAUAAAUCAUUUGAGGUUCUGAUUGCAGAUCUAGUGAGUGCUCAGAAAGACAGUACACAAGAUGAAUCAAGUCAGACUUCAUUUCAGAAAGAGAUUAGCACUGAAGAGCAGCUAAGGCGCCUGCAAGAGGAGAAGCUUUGCAAAAUCUGUAUGGAUAGAAAUAUUGCUGUGGUUUUUAUUCCUUGUGGACAUCUGGUCACUUGUAAACAAUGUGCUGAAGCAGUUGACAAAUGUCCCAUGUGCUACACAAUCAUUACUUUCAAGCAAAAAAUUUUUAUGUCUUGAUCUAACUCCACAGUAGGCAUGUUAUGUUCUUCUUAUUAUCCUGAUUGAAUGUGUGAUGUGAACUGACUUUAAGUAAUCAGCAUUGAAUUCCAUUAGCAUUUGCUGCCAAGUAGAAAAAAAUGUAAACGGCAGUGUCUUAGUUGGCAAUCUAAACUUUGAAUUUCUGGAUUUUCAGGGUAUUAGCUGUAUUAUUUAUCCAAUUUCUUUUACUGUUAAUUUAAUUGAAACCCUAGACUAAGAAACAUCAUAUUAUAACUCAUCACAAUGUGUAUUUGUAGCAUACCGACUUAGUUUCUAAGUGUAACUGAAUUAAUCAUCUGAAUUUUUCGUUCUUUUCAGAUAGGCUUAACAAAUGGAGCAUUCUGUAGAAACGUGGAGAUUAGAGUUAAUCUCCCCAAUCACAUAAUUUGUUAUGCGUGAAAAAGGAAUGAACUGUUCCACACUGGUGGAAAGAUAGAGAUUAUUUUUAGA